CUUCGAAGGUAGGUGCUGAAGUCCUCUCGGCCAUCUUGGAUGCGGGUGGUUACUUCGCGGCUCCUUUGCGCUCACAAAGUGGCCAAAGAAACAUAAGCAAAUGUUCCACUACUUCUUCCCCCGCACAUGGAGGUUCCCACUGCAUUCAUCUGAAAGCCGAUCGUUUCUAUACAAAACCUUUGGGUCGGGGGCAACCCUUUCCUCUUCCGUCAUCGUCACUGCUGCUGAGGGCCAACCUUUGUUUCUUGAUUCGCCGGCUUGUGUUCCGCCAUCUUUGUUGUGGGCAAGCAUCCAUCUCCGUAUUCAUAGGCAGGGCUGUUCUGCCAAUGAGAAGCCUGCCAGGGGCGGAAGUGAUGGCAAUGUAGUUUCACGUGGUGGGCUGUUGCAGGAGCCGGUCGUUAUCAUGUUGCGCCGGGAAGCUCGUCAGCGGCGAGAGUAUUUGUACCGCAAAGCUCAAGAGGAGAAGCUCAGGGCUCUUGAGGACAAGAAGGAAAAAAUCAAGAAAGCACUAGAAGAGAACAGCCUCAUCCCCACAGCGUUGCGCAAGGAGGCGCUUUCACUCCAAAAGGCCCUGGAGUUUGACGAUGGAGGUGGAGAAGGAGUGACGAGCCAUGUCGAUGAUGAAUACCGUUGGGCGGGUGUGGAGGAUCCUCGAAUUAUGGUCACCACCUCCCGCGACCCUAGCUCUCGUCUGAAAAUGUUUGCCAAGGAAGUCAAGCUGAUUUUCCCUGGGGCCCAGCGCAUGAACCGUGGGCGGCAUGAAGUGGGCGCCUUGGUCCGUGCCUGCAAGGCCAACGGGGUCACUGACUUGCUGGUAGUACAUGAACACCGAGGGGUGCCUGAUGGGCUGAUAAUAAGCCAUUUGCCCUUCGGGCCCACAGCCUACUUCACGCUCUGCAAUGUGGUCAUGCGCCAUGACAUCCCAGACAUUGGCACCAUGUCAGAGGCUCAUCCUCACCUCAUCUUUCACAACUUAACAUCUCGUCUUGGACAGCGGGUCACCAGCAUCCUCAAAUACUUGUUCCCGGUGCCAAAAGAGGACAGCAAACGAGUCAUCACCUUUGCAAACCAAGAGGACUACAUCUCUUUCCGGCACCACGUCUAUAAGAAGAUCGACCACCGGAAUGUGGAGCUCACUGAGGUUGGGCCACGGUUUGAAAUGAAAUUAUACAUGAUCAAACUGGGAACUCUGGAGCAAGAGAGCACUGCUGAUGUGGAGUGGCGUUGGCAUCCGUAUACCCGCACGGCCAAGAAGCAGAAGUUGCUCAGCACGGAGUAGCAUGGACUCUGAACUACAUAUCUCGUGUGGGGCCUGUUUCUUUCUCAUCAAAAGGUUGCCAUAUGCUGGCAGUGCAAUAAUCCCUGGGAGAGGAAGAGGAUCAUUUUGAAUUUCUCUUAUAAAUGUGUGCUUUUUGCCUCUUAGAACCAAAAAAUAAUCUCCAUAGCGGAUAUAGCCACAGGCUCACUGCUCAAGCUAAGCUUUUUCCAUCCUCGUUCUUCCACAGAGAUCUUAUUUAAAAAAAAAAAAA